CCUGGUGAUGGAGGGCGUGUGGCAGGAGCUGCUGGACAGCGCCCAGAUCGAGAUCUGCGUGGCCGACUGGUGGGGCGCCCGAGAAAACUGCGGCUGCAUCUACCGGCUUCGGGUCCGCCUCCUGGACAUGUAUGAAAACGAAGUGGUCAAGUUCUCAGCGUCCCCCAACCCGGUCCUUCAAUGGACUGAGAGGAGCUGCCGACAGGUCUCCCACGUCUUCACCAACUUCGGCAAGGGCAUCCGCUACGUGUCUUUUGAGCAGUACGGGAGAGACAUGCGUUCUUGGGUGGGACACUAUGGUGCCCUGGUGACCCACUCCAGCGUGAGAAUCAGGAUCCGCCCAUCCUAGUGACCAGCCUGACCCCGCAGUCCAGACUGCACUGCCACCUGCUGGAUGCUGUCAAAAUCAAGGGUGGCUUCACAUCCCAGAGCCAGAGGAUACUCAGGGACAGUGGGGGUCCCGUGUGGCUUGUUCCGGGCACACCUCCCGUAACCCACUUGCUGCUGUUUUGGCGUGGYGGUCCUCAUGCUGUGUGACAAACCAGGGACCCAGGGGGCUCCUUAGAGCUUCCUCAGUUCCCCAGCUGGGGAUGUCAUAAAAGUAACUGACAUUUAGUUGGUUCAUGUCUAUAAAUUAUUUCCUUAUGUGAUGUCACGGGGUAAACCAUUCCCUGGUGACUGGUCUGCGUGUUUUGGGGUGAGCUGACUGCCGGCAGGGAGCGGAGGCCGUUCAGAGCAUCUGACCUGGAGACCARCAAAGACCUCAAAGGAAUCCCAUGUGGUUUGGGGAGUCUCCGGGAUCCAGCUGUGGGGCCAUGAA